UCAGGAUACAUGAAUGCUGGGGAGGAGGAUAGUGGCAGAAAUAAGAGAGGGGGAGAGGGAGAGAGAAGGAGGAGGAGGAGGAGGUAAGAAAAAAGGCAAGACAUAGUAGGACAGAGAGUGUUGGAGGGCAGCAUACUGUAGCAUACUGCUGUGUUGUGAUUAUGGAGUGAGCAUGGAGCAGCAAAACCAAAACAAGAGGAGAAGGGGGAUACAAUGAGGACACAGUUUGGCUUCAUGUCUGAUCAAUAAAAGGUAGAUUAGUUGAGAAUCAUUAGGAAAGAGGGCUUAUUCAGCACUGCUUGCAGACUCCUCUGAGUUUGCAUUCUACUACAAAGGGAUUUGAAAUAUGAAGGCAAAGUCAGUCCAAACCUUGAGGAAUCUAUGAGGACGUAAAACAGAAAGCGGAAAACUAGCUCCUGACAUUUGGACUCAAGACAACAACAAGACAUCUUGCAGCAGGAUCAAGCAAACACUCAGACGGAUGUAAUGGUGUGGAAACGCUGCCGCUCUCUCGAGUUAUCAGAGUUUUGAGUCAGCCAAACAAAGGAUGGGGAGACGAGCGGCUGACCUGACAACUCCGGUUCCAGUUUUAGGUGUCCCUGCCCUGGUUGGAGUGCGUGGUUGGAGGACAACAGGAGGAGACAGAACCGGAGGAGCCCUGCUGCAGACAUGGGGACCUCAGUGCAGCGUUGGUGUUCAGACGUCCCCUGGGAUCAGCAGACCAUCCACCCAGCACAGCGUGCAGCUAACUGAUACGCUCUCGACACCAUCAGAUAACAUUGCUCAAACAUCCAGCAGCUAUAUUACCAAGGAAACUGAGUACAAGGAGGUAUUACUGCUAACAAAGAGUGACAAGGAGAAAAGGGCUAUUUUAAAACAGAAAAGUGGGGAAUCCAAGACCAAAAAGGAAGUGACUUUCAGAGCACUUGGAGGUGAGGCCUCUGAGGAUGUGGCCUGCAGUCAGAGGAGCAGCUGUGGGACUUAUUGCUAUGCCAGGGCAAUCAAGACCAACCCACACUUUGCAGGGAAUGUAACCAAUGUCAAGCCUAAAUCGAAAUCUGCUGCCCGCUACACGAAUGGCAGCGUGGUUGAUUCAGAUGCCAUUGGUGGAAUAAGUGUUCACAGCGAUGAAGUAGAGCCUGUUAAGAGUGCAAACUCUUGUGGAAGAGACCAAACCAGACUGCAAGGUCAUUAUGCAGAGCGGUGUGGGAAGACACUGCUGUUAUCUGCUGCCCGACCUUUCGGUAUGACACAAAAAAUAUGCAGCAAUUGUGGUGGCAGACAGUCUGCAGCCACCGGAGUUGUGACAUCGGGGGAGAAAAGCUCUACUCCUGACGCUCGCCUUGAAGAGAAACCAUCAAAGUCAGUCCUCACCUCGCUCUCCACUACCACGCAUGUCCAGAUGCCCCAUGUUGAGAAAAGCCUGAAGUCAAGCCUUCUUGAAAACUCUGAGAGCAUCACAGACAGAGACAAAAGGACACCCAAUAACCCACAACUGUUAUAUUUUAGGGAAGAGCUAAAGUAUGGAAAAACACCACACCCAGCAUGCCCAGUGCACUCUAGGGGGAAUUUGGUCAAUUUGUCACAGACACAUGCUGCCGGUGAUGCAACAUCCCCUCAACACACAACCAUCCUACAUGCUAAAACCAUCACUGUAACUAAAGCAACUAUUGAAACAAAACAUGAGGAUGCCAAUAUAAAAUCUUCAGCAAAACCAUCACAGGACGGUAAGAUCCCCCGACCAACAAGUCUAAUGUUGACUCCACAGAUGGCCACAGCUACCAAACCAAACAACCCUCAUUCACACACUUAUCCUAAGCACCUCAAAUCAUUACGACACAACUCUACGCAACAUAACGUGCCUCAAAGUGUAUGUGUAUCUGUGCACCCUACACCUGAAAAUACUCUGUCGCCACCUUCCUGUUCACACGCUGCAGGAAACACAUUCACUGCCAACACAUGCAGAACAACCACAACCUUUCAUACUGCACUGAUGUCCACUGAAAGCAUACCCGCAAAAGUUGCCAAUGCUCAACCUGCAGCAAUAGUAAACAUAGCAAUAAAUAGUCCGAGAAUGACCCCUAAAUGUCCCACCUCAUCACUGGCAGCCAAUGCAUCAGACCAAAACCAUAAACCAAAAAUAACUGCACAACCUACACAUGCAAGUCCACCAUGUACCACAUCGGAUCCAGGUAAUACACAACCAGUAAAGCCCUCAUCAAACGUCGACAGCAAAUCUCCAGGUAAAGCAUCUUUUAUUGACACUGUAAUGAAUACUGUCAUCUCGCAGAGCACUUUGAAUCAUAGCUCUAAUUCAGACCGAUUUACAUAUACCAGCACUAAACAUAAUUCAGUAGCCUCACAAAUUCACCUAAUUCAACGUAACUCCUCAAAAUCUGAACCUACACUUCAUGUUUCUACAGCGUCUCUAAACACAACACCAAAUGCAGCAAAACCCCCAGACUCAAGAGCUAGGUUGCCUUCAAGUGCAGCUCCCAGCUCUGCAUUUACAUGCAGCAGCACUCUAUACAGAAAUAAAGCCCUCAAGUACUCCUCCAUCAACCUGAAAAAUCCACCACCCACAGCCUCCACUUCUUCAUCUACAUUGACAGGAAACCAAAGUAACGUCUGUGUUUCAGGUACAACUUCUCUUCAAUCAGCAGACACAAAGCAACAUCACAAAGAUCUAAGUCAUAAAGAAGCGCUUCACGUAAAUCAACCUGAGCGCACACAAGGAACAGACAGCAGAGCUCAAACCGGUAAUGAGUCUGGUGUGUGCGGUGUUGUUUCCAAUCAGGAAAACAACUCCACAACAACUCCAGUUUUAUUAUCUGAGCCGUUAAAUGUGUCAAAAUAUCUCAACAGAGGCAGCGAUGCAAGCAUCCACAAUCCUGCAUCAAACAUUAGUCCCUAUACUGAAUCAUAUACUGAUGAAAACAAAUUCAAUGGUAAUCUAAUCAAUGAAUUAGUUGUGCAUGAGUCAAAUGACCAUGAAAAUUCAAAUCUGUCCCAGGUCACCAACCUUCAGAAUUACAUUUCCCUAAUUAAAUCAAGCAGCUCUUGUCUGCAGGGUUGCAUAAACACGAAACAACAAAGGCUCGCACAUUAUCAAGGAUACACAAAAACAGAACAUGAGGGACACUUUGCUGCAUGCCCACCAGUAAAAACAACCCUGGAGAUGGAUACAAAUACAAAACAGUUUGCCUUGGGUGUAUCAGUCAGGCAUGCUAAUAUUAAUCUUAAAUGCAAUGCAGAUGAACAGACACUUCCAAGCUACUCUGCCACAGCACGAACAAACUGUGAGCCCACUAUCUCAUCACUGAAAAACACCAGUACACAUGUCAACCCUGUCACCGAACCUUCAGUCCACCAAAACUCUGAUUCAGAUACUUCUUCAUUACCGCAGGUACACACAGGUUCAGAGCUUUCUUUCACUGCACCAGCCCCUUUUAACAGUGAGCGAGAGCUCUGUAUGCACACAGGCCCUGAAUGUAAUUCCAUAUUGCCAUCAUCAACAAUGCACUUGGCAUCCCUUCCCCGCCUCCGGUCCUGCGAGGCAGAGGCAAUCGUCAGACCGGAUUCAAAGUUUAGCCCUGCUCCCCCUCAGCCGUGCCCAGAGGACACCAGCCUGGCUCACUCCCACCCAGCUGCUGCAUCUCUGUUGCUGCCUCCUUCCCCACAGUGCUGCAAAUCAGCAGCCCUACAGCAGAGGCUCGAGACUGUGGAGGCCAGCCUGGCAGCCAACAAGGACAGGAUCACCACUCUGCUUAACAUUAUCCAUGACCUGGAGACGUGCCACACUCCCACCAGCGGUCGGCGAUGCUACAAAACUGGACAGGACCUCAAAAACUGCUCAACCUGCCAGAAGACUGCUUGUAUUGUCUACAGUGUGGAGUAUGACUUCAGGCAGCAGGAGAAACGCUUCUUGGAGGUUCUGAAUCGCUCAGCAAGAGGAAACAACGCUUUCUCCGUGCACCUAUCCCAGCCAAUGAACUUCAGCCUGCUCAGAAAUGUCAUCAUUAAGAACCUAACAAAGUCAAAGGUGAGGAGCAAAAAGCUGUGCAAGACCCUGUUCAAAUGGUUGCCCAGGAAAAUUCAGCAAGUGUAAACAUCUCAACCUGUGUGCUGUUUAAUAGCCAUAAGCCUGUGUUACAAGUGACCAGCAGAAGCCUUUGCAGAGGACUCUUACUAUUCCCUUCAUACCCAUAGAAGGAGAUUACUCUGAAUUAAACUCUUACCCAGUAGAGUUCCUCUCUCCUGCACAUUGUCAAGCUUAUAAACAUGAUUUUGUACUCAAGUUUGCCCCUGAUCUCUGUGACCUUCAGCUACUAUCGUCCCAAAGGAAUUCUUUAUUUCACUUUUGAAAGUUAAUGUAAUUUUGUUGUCAAAAUGCCUGCAUAAAAUAUAUGGCACAAUUUUCUUUAUCUAUUUUCCAUAUGGGAUUCUGUUGCACUGUUAUGAUAAAUGCACUAUGAGUUCCAGUUGAUACAUUUCCCCAUCAAUCAUCCCUCUUACCUGCUUCUCCUCAGACUAAAUGUGCAAUAUAUAAAACAAAUUUUUGAAUGGAAUCAUUUUGAAAUGCAAAAAUAAAUCAGAAUUUAUUGAUUGUUUAUUCAUCUGUAAAUCUGUUCAUUUAUCCAGAGCUUUGUUUAAUUCUGAAUGCUAAACUUCCCUUUGUACAUUUAACGAAUGAA